UACUAAAUUUGAAAAGUAUGGUCAAACUAAUCUAAAUUAUUUAGACCUACAUGACUUAUACCCACCGGGCCAGUUAAGUUUGUUGGUCUAUACUUACCUUUCUAUUGUUGGUUGUUAUGGAAAUGUGAAUAAAACAAAGUAGUUAUCUCGCUUCAUAUUAUUAACCGGUAUUGUGGUACGUGUUGCGAUAUAUAUUGUUAAAAUUAAUUUUAAAAAAGUUAGUAUAGGUUUUUAAUUUUCUACGACACUACUAUAAAAAGAAAAGCCGGUGAUCUCGAAUUGGCACAGAACGAUGUGUCCAUUAUUCUUUUUCAGUGUAUUUGUUCCUACGCAUUAUAUCAUUUUAAUAAUUAAUUCAAGCGUGGAUGAGGGAAUUACUAAAAUUGCAACCGCAACAUAUGCUUUAUGAGAAAAUCCUAUGUUGAUAGCAGUUAUUAGAAAGGGAAAUGUUAAAGCUCUCAUUAUCAUUUACUUCAACGUAAAACAACGACAUGCUAUUGCCGCAGAAGAAAGACAGUGUUUAGUGGUGCGCCGGGCAAGUGUGUCGUGGGUGAGGUGGGCCUGGCGGCGGGCGGACAUGAACCGGUACGUGGUGGUGCAGCAACUCGGCGACGGCACCUACGGCUCCGUGGUGCUGGCGCAGCGCCGCGACUCCGGCGAGAAGGUUGCCAUAAAACGUAUGAAACGGAAAUACUACUCGUGGGAUGAGGCUAUGAACCUACGCGAAGUAAAAUCUUUAAAGAAAUUGAAUCACGCGAAUAUUGUAAAAUUACGCGAAGUGAUACGUGAGAACGACACGCUGUACUUUGUUUUCGAAUAUAUGCGAGGUAACUUGUAUCAGCUGAUGAGAGACGCCGAGCGGCCAUUCCCGGAGCCGGUGCUGCGCAACAUUCUGUACCAGGUACUGCAGGGGCUGGCGCACAUGCACCGGCACGGCUUCUUCCACCGCGACCUCAAGCCUGAGAACCUGCUGUGCGCCGGGCCGGAGCUAGUCAAGAUCGCCGACCUAGGGCUCGCGCGCGAGGUGCGCUCGCGGCCGCCAUACACGGACUACGUUUCGACGCGCUGGUACCGCGCGCCCGAGGUACUGCUGCGCGACACGCACUAUGGCCCGCCCAUCGACCUGUGGGCUCUGGGCUGCAUCGCCGCCGAGCUCUACACGUGUCGGCCGCUGUUUCCCGGAAAUUCGGAAAUCGAUCAGCUAUACAAGAUCUGCAGCGUGCUGGGGAGUCCCGAGCGCGGGGAGUGGCCGGAGGGGUUCGCGCUGGCGGAGGCGCUGCGGUUCCGGUUCCCCGCGAGCGCGGGUGUGCCGCUGGCGCGCGCGCUGCCCGGCGCCUCGCCCGCCGCGCUGGCGCUGCUGGCCGCGCUGCUGCGCUACCCGCCCGCCGAGCGGCCCACCGCGCCGCAAGCCCUACGGUUCCCUUACUUCGCAGUUGGAGUCGCUCUAGGUGUCCCUGCGCCGACCUCGCGCGCUAAAAGAAGUGCAGUGCGAGCGGAGGCGGGGUACUCCGCCGCGGCGGCCGCGGGGGCGUCCGCGGCGCGCGCCGACCGCUUCGCCGACAUUCUCGGGUACGUUCACGAUCUCGGAGCGCUGCGCGAUAGAUUCAGGAUCGAAAGGAGGCGCGGCGUGCCGGCGCCCCCCGCGCGCGCCGCCGCGCCCCCCGCGCCCGCCGCGCCCGCCGCGCCCGCCGCCGCGGCCUACCUCGGCGCGGCGCGCUACGUGGCGGGGACACGCAUCGACACGUCCCUGUUUCGUCCCAUAUACUUGCGAUCGCAUCGCGAGGCGACGGUAGUGGGCAGCGGCGAGCGCGUCGACUGGGCCGCCAAGUACCUGCGCUGAGCCGCCGCAUGUCUACUUACAUUAUACAUUCUUUAACCUCUUCUAAUUCAUUUCGAUGUAAUUAAUGUUCUAAAAAAGCGGUCGCAUGCGGGCCCUGCGCCGCGUCGUAGGCGCGGGCAGCUCGCGGGGGUCGGCAGAGGCCGCACUCCGCCGCGCCAUACCUAAUGCCGGUUCUGUGCCCUUUCCUACCAUUUCCUACAGAAGAAAGGCGAAAGACGAUAAGAUUGAAGAGAUAAUGUACCACAGUCAUCGCUGUCCAAAAUUAACUAAAAAAUUCGGAAAAAUUUACAUCAGUCUGGCUUUGUUUUCAAACUUUCCUUACUCAUUUUAAUAUACUGAAGUUUAAUUUAAAAAUUCGUUUGAUAGAUUUAUUUUAAAUAGAUUAAUUGUAAUGAUAUGAUUGUAAAGUUUGAUAGUAUGAUGAGGUUGGAGCGGCAGCGGCAGUGGGCAGCGGGCAGCGGGCAGCGGGCAGCCGAGAGCCAAUACCGCACUACGCAGCUUCUCCAGAAUUGUAAAUAAAACACUUAUUCAAUGACAUGCGUUUCUUUUUCGUUCUUCUGUUCAUAUUUAAAUAAAUGACAGAUAGAAAUAUAAUUCACAUACAUUAGUUGUUGAUCACAAUUGUUAUUAUAAUUUGUAAUAACAUAUAAUAAUGUUGCACCUGAUGACAAUUGCUGUAUUAAAAAGGGAAAGCAAAUGCAGUCAUGAAAAUAGUUUAAUGAAAUGUGUCAAGCACAUAGAAACACAAUUAGAGAUGUGUGGCUCGACAACAAGAUAUUUAAAUUGUAUUGUGGUCAAUUAUAUACAAUGUUCAUUUACUAUAAUAAUAAUAAAGGCACACACAAAUUCUUAUUUAGUAAUCUUGCCAGAAUUAUAUUUCUUAGAGACAUCAUGGAUAUACAUAUGGCAGGUCGGCACAAUUCAGCUUUACACAUCCAAAUUCACUAUUCCAUGUGAACACUUGCAGCGUUCACAUCACACCAACUCUACAGUCCAAAUAGUGUCACUAACAAAUCACACUCUUCUGGAUUGGUGCAAUAUUGCCUCGGUUUUACCAAGAUUUGAAAU